AUGAUGACUGCAGAAGCCUGCUUGGCUCUAGGGAUAUUAGCACUGGCUUUCUUUGUACCAGUGACUUCUGUUGAGAAAGUUACUAUUCCUAAAGAACUGAAGGCUGUUUCUGCUAGAGUGUCCGUCAGUUCCACAAGCUGUAGUGUCACCUGUGGCCUGGGCUUCAAGGUAGAAGAAACAUGCCAGGUGAAUCCUAAUGGUGAAAGGACAAACUGUACCAAACAUAGGCUGGACUGCUUGUCCAACUGGAUUUGUGGAAUGCGCCACUUCACUGUCCUUGUUGGUAAGCCAUUUGAGCUCAGCUGCCUGACCCCUUAUGAGAUCCAUCCCGAGAUGCAGGGCUUUAGCUAUACAUGGCGGUUGGCCAGGGGUAUCAUCACCACAGAUGAUGCUCUCUUUCUGCCUUUCAAAACUAAGAGCUUCGCCAUUAAGCUUUCCCCAGCUGAGGAAUAUGACGCAGGUACUUAUAGAUGUGACGUACAGUUAAUGAAAAACUACAAGCUUGUAAAGAGAAUCUAUUUUGGACUUCGUGUGAUCCCUGGCCACCUGGUGGAACUGAACUUUGACAAAUCCUUGACAUCGGAGCAGAAGUUAGAUAGUGGGAAUGCAGGCUCUCACAAGAACACUACCACCAUCACGCCAGGCCUGGAGCGGUGGAGCUCAUGGCAGCAAAGAGCUGUGUUUGUGUUUGUGGUAGGCAUCGGAAGUGGCAUGAUAGGAGGAGUCUUGUUGCACACUGUUUUCUACUAUUUGUUGAAGGUUCAUGGUAGCUAUGAAUAUGAGGAGGACUGA